UUCACCAACAAUGCCCCAGUUAGAUAUAUCGACGGUGCACAGUUUUUCUCCCAAGACACCGAAGCCGGUUCUUUCCCCUUGCCACCGCCACAUCGCCUACGUUAUCGACACCAGUUUGGUGGUCAAAGAAACACAGACAUUACGCACGGUCCAUAUCUUCCCCCUUGGUCCGGAUGAAGACACGGAGGUCACAGUUUCCGCUAUCAAGUGGGAGCCGCUUUACGAGGGUUCCGCCACCAAAAUUGCUGUGUUGGUUGACAACCUUAACGUGGUCAAGAUUUUCGAUUUCAAGGACGUGAACCAAGAUUCACAGGAGAACGUACCAAUUACCAUCAAUGACUCAUGGGAGGGGAUAGAGAAUUUUGACUGGAUCCCCCCAUGUGUUGGUGACGAUUAUAAGGAAACGGCGUACCGGGGCUCGAAGCAGCUUAUGGUCUUCAGCAAAGCCAACCUUAAAUGCACGUUGUAUUCCUUAGACUUGGCCAAACCCGUCACCACGCUAUACAAACCGAAGUUCUCUCACAUUGUGGCCAGACCUAACUCGAAUAUAUGGUCUGUCGUGCUAAGGGAACGUGCCAAAGACUAUCUACUCCACUUUCAAAACCACGACAGCUACUCUACGGAGCUUUUCACUCGGGAAAUACUGAACGUUUUAGAUGCACGCAAUAUCCUAUGGUCAGAAAGCGGGAAGUGGCUUCUGGUGAACCAUCUGAAUCUUGCUGGUAUCAAGGUGUCUCUUUUCAACUCACUCGGAGUGUUUGACGAAAGUAACACCCCUGUUUUCCAGUUGACCGAUUCCUGCGACAGUCUCUCGUUGGGAGCCGACGCGUUCAAAUGGAUAUCCCACCUGGAGAAAGAUAUCUUGCUUGUGGGGACGCUCGAAGAGAAGAUUAUCGUGUUUCAGAUGGACAAUUUAAAAGUGGUGAAGACCAUCACGCACCAGAAUGCUAUUUUGGGGGCCCAAGGUACGCUCUGGCGAGAGUACUACGACAGUAAGGGCGAAGAGUAUUAUUUUAAGAAGCUACAGGCACCAUUUGAAAUACCCAGCCUAUUCGAACCGAACUCAGCCCUGAGGGGGAUCAAGCACAUCGAAACCAACGUCGCCCACACACGAUUGGCGAUAAUCACCCAUAGUAUGCCCGAAACCAUCUUUGUGUAUGGCUCAAACUACAAACUUCUAAGCAUCAUUACUAGUCUCUCCGAGGUUGUUUCCAUGGAAUGGCAUCCAUCUGAGCCGGAGCUUCAGUUUGCCACCGUCUCUCAUGUGUCUCUUUUCUGUGACAGCUCCUUCGAAGUGCGGGCUAUUCCGACCUUGAAGAAUGCCAAACGAAUUCAGCACUCGCAGUUCAUCAUUCGACACAGUGGACCUCCUCAGUCUACCGGAUUAAGGUUAAACUUGGUAAUCCUUGAUCACAGCUCUUUCGUCACCACGGCGUUUCACCAAGACACUGGCCUGCCAUUGGUAGAGACCGAAACAAGCCCGCUCAGAAAAGGCUCACCCGAACCGUUUACCAACGACGAUGCCACAGCAAGAGAUUUGGCUGCGGGGGUCCAGCAAAACGAAUGGGCGAACAAUCUCCGGGAUACCGCCGUUGAUGAUACGUUCAAGUUGAAACGGCCGAGAAUUGUGUAGAAGCGUAAUAGCCAAAUAGGGCAAUGCAUGUACUUGCCGCUCUGGGAAAUCAGUUUUCCCCGUACGGAUGCACGACCUCUUUCGAAAAAAUAAAACAAAACAAACACGCACCUGGUAUUUGUGUAGAUUUCAA